CUCAGAUACUCAGCAAACGCAAACACUCAAACAACUACCAAACAAAGCAGAGCUCUCCAACAAAUCUCCACGCUAUCUAGCAAUCUCAGUUCAUCAACCUGACUAUUCUUCAAAUUCAACAACAAACCAAUUAAACACAAUGGCCUUCUUCCCUCGCGCUUUCUGCCAGCCCUCUGAGGCCUCUCUCACUCCUCUCUUCCGCCUCCUCGAUGACUUCGACAGCUACAACAGACAGACUGGCAGAAGCAGCAAUGUGCGCCGAACUGCUCCCCAGUGGCAGCCCAAGUUUGACAUCCGCGAGACUACACACGCCUACGAGCUCUAUGGCGAGCUCCCUGGCAUAAGCAAGGAGAAUGUGUUGAUCGAGUUCGCUGAUCCUCAGACCCUGGUUGUCCGCGGCAAGACUGAGCGAUCAUACGCUGCCAGCACAUCUCCAUCAGCUUCUGUUGUAAACACUCCAUCCACCGAGACUGCCACUGAGAAGGAGGAACCUGUGCGCCGAAACUCCAACAGCUCUCACCAGGCCACCGUCGAAGAUGAGGACGAGGCCAGCGAGCGCGAAUCGGGCUUUGAAGUCGUCACCUCUGAGGAAGAGAAGAAGAUUGAGGAGAAGAAGACGACUCCACAGAAGCCCGUCGACAAGGCUAGAUACUGGCUCACUGAGCGCAGCAUUGGAGAGUUCUCUCGCAGCUUCCACUUCCCGACAUUUGUCGAUCACGAGGCUGUGAGUGCCGGUUUCCAGGACGGCAUUCUGAACAUUAGUGUUCCCAAGGCGAAGAAGCUUGAGACUCGCCGCAUCACUGUUUUCUAAACCAACAACUUUACAAACAAGGAAAGAUAACUAUCAUCAUCCCAUAGCUGAUAAUGUCUGCCUUUCUGCGAUUGCAUUAGAUGGAGUUGGAAAGGGUAAUUGGGAUUAACGGAUCACUUUUUUAUUUUUUUUUCGUUUUCGUCUGGACUUUCAUUUGGAACUGGCUUGGCCUUUUUUUGGUAGCAUAUUAGAGCAAUACAUGCAAAUGCGAAUAAUACACUCUUGUUUUCAUGAAUACG